UGAUUUAGAACGCAAGAGGGCGUGUUUGAAAAAAAAGGACACUUCCUGCAGCUUUGUCACUUUUGUCGCUUUCGCCACUAUCAUUAUUAAAGAAAUGGCUGUAUUUGCGAGAAUUUUUGAUGGUACGCUGAUGUGCUGUGAUAUACGAGAUGUCAACUAUACAACUGAGAGCCUGGUGGCUAAAAUCAGAGAAGAAGUGAGAUACUUUGAACCAGACUUGCAGGUUUACCAUAAUGGCAGACUCGUUCAGGAAAAUGAAAGGUUGCAGAAGAAUGGGACAUACCAUGUUACCCUGCCUCUUCUGGGUGGAAAAGGAGGAUUUGGUGCUAUGUUGCGGAUGAUUGGUGCUCAAAUCGAGAAGACUACAAACCGAGAAGCAUGCAGGGACCUAAGUGGAAGGAGGAUGAGAGAUGUAAACAAUGAAAAAAAACUGCAAUCAUGGAUUGAGAAGAAGCAACAGCAGGAGGAAGAACGUGAAAAGCGGAGAAGGGAGAAGCUGGAGAGGAUGCGCUCUACCCCCAAGCACUACUUUGUUGAUCCAACCUAUGACAAACAGAGAGAGGCUGUUACGGAGAGUCUGGAUGAAGCUGUGUCCACAGGUAUUGAUGUGGCAGGUUCUAGUAAAGACGAGGCAUCUACCUCUGGAGGUGUUAAGAGGAAAGCAGAAACAGAUAGCGAUGAUGAUGAUGAUGAUGACGAGGCUGAACUGAAAAAACACUGCAUGUGGCUUGGUAUUGUAGAAGACGAGGAGGAAGAUGAUGAAGAGGAAUUAAAAACCGGAAACCAAGAUGGGGAAAUCUCAGAAGACACAUCGGCUCCAUCAACAUCAACCUCACCACCCUCUAUAUCACCUGUUGACAUGGCAUCAGAGGCGGAGAUACAGGCAGCGGAGGAUUGUCCCGAGUCAUCUACUGAACCAACUGCAAGUUCAAAGACCCUUCUGAGUAGUCUUCCUCCACCAAGAAGUGGGACCUCUUCAUCAACAACAGAAGAAGGACCAAUCAACCUUGAUGACUAUUCCUCUUCAGCAGACCUAGAAGACCUCGGCCUCGAUCGCCUGAAGAGCGCUCUGAUGGAGAGAGGAAUGAAAUGCGGCGGUACACUACAAGAAAGGGCUCAGAGACUGUACUCGGUAAGGGGUCUGGAGCCAUCCGAAAUAGACCCAUCACUGCUUGCAAAGGCAGGCAAAGGAAAGAAGGGGAAAAAGAAAUGAGCAGAGGAUGAUUGCUCGUAAGAUAUAAAAAGAGAAGACAAGCGUUCAAACAUGCUCAGGAAAUGGAAGAACUGUACAAGUGAAAAUUAUAUUACAUUCAAGAUACACCAUAUGUAUCUCCUUUCUGCCUAUUCAGAAGCGCAGUGUUAUAACAUGGAAAGGGGAUCAUUUGAAAUGUAACGAGAACUAAUAUUCGAUGGCAUCUGUUUAAUAGUGUUUUCUAAUUAAAUUUUGCUGAAUUAUUUUGGUACGUCAUUCCCGGAACAAGAAUAUUUCAUUUAACAAUCAAUUCAAGUUCAGGUAUUUCUCUUCUCCCAAAUAAAUGGACAAGUUUGUACACUUUGAAACCAGAUGCAAAAAAAACAUGACCCAUUUUUGUAUAUUCAAUUUGGCUGUUAGAAUAAAUAUUGACAUUUUAUGUGAUUGUUUGCCUGUAUUUGAGAAUCAAAGGGAAUACUUUAGUUCCCUCGAGCUCCAAAAGAGCACAUCUUGGAUAUCAGCAAGACCAAGGAGCAUCCUCUUUAUCAACUUUCUGUUCAGAUUUACAAGCAUUUUUUAAAAUUCAUAUACAUGUAAAUAAUAAAUAUAUUUUGCUAUUUCAUACUUACUCGUUGGCCCGAAUUCACAAAGGUGGUUUUGAAAACCCAUGGUUGAAUCCAUGGUUUAUGCAAAUUUCUUGUAUAAAUUACGCUUAAUUUAGCGGGUAUCAGGCACAUGUAUAAAAAAUGUCCAAUGCUGAUGUGCGCUUUUGUCAGUGCACCAAAUUGACGCCUGUUACCAUGAUUAGAUACGCUAUUUUAUUCACGAGUCCACUGUUUGAAGAGUGGACUCAUGAAUAAAAACAGUGGACUCAUGAAUAAAAUAGCGUAUCUAACCAUGGUAACAAGCGUCACUGUGACAAAAGCGCGCAUUAGAGUUGGACAUGUUUUAUACAUGCGCCCGAUACACGCUAAAUUAAGCGUAAUUUAUACAGGAAAUUUGCAUAAACCAUGGAUUCAACCGUGGGUUUUUAAAACCACCUUUGUGAAUUCGGGCCUCUAAGUCUGCUAUUAGAAAAUUGAUUAAUGUAAACUUCCAUUGAAAUUGUUUAAUUGUUCUGGCACCAUGCAUUAUGUAUAUCUGUAUCUGUUUGUGGAGAAUUAUUUGCUAGUGUGAUGAUGGUAAAUGUCAGUUGGAAAUCCUUAAAGGGGAAUCCAGCCUUGGCCAUAAAAUGUUGUGUUGUAAAGGAAAAAAUAAACUAAACAGAAUGGUGAAAGUUUGAAAGAAAUCGGACAAGCAAUAAGAAAGUUAUAGCUGUUUUAAAAUUGAGAUCUGUAAGACCAUGUAGAUUUCAAAUUGGCAACUGGGUAAGUAAAUUAUGACAAGGGGCAAGGACAACUUUCCCAUAGGCCAUGUACUUUAUUAUCAGGGAUUUGUGGUUUUCUCCUAAGUAUCCAUUCCCCUUGGGCAGUAAUCUAAAUAUAAACCAGGUAGUAUAUUGUUUAAUGUCCUCAUGAAAGAAAAAUAUAAUUUGAAAUAAAACUUUUGGGAAAAAUGACAUUUCAGCCAUAAUAUGUAUUGGAGUACAUGGAAGAGUAGUCCUUGCCUUACAUCACUAUGACAUCCCAUAUGCGGCUAAUUUGAAGUCUCCAUGAGUAUGGUGAUUACCAAUAUUAACAACUUUUAAAAAUUCAUAACUUUCUUGUUCUUUGUCCAAUAAUGUUCAAACUUUCACCUAUCAACUUGUCUGAUUUUUCUUUUUCUUAUAAAAACAAGUUUUUAUUUGGGUUGGAUUCCCCUUUAAUCAAAUAUAUAUUUAAAUUAUGGUUAGCCGAGGUAAAAUUACCCUCUGAACACACUGGCAGUUGGAUAGUUUGGUCAGCAUAUGAUGACGUACGUAUGACAACCCAUUUCUGUAUUUAAUUCUGUUUAUUGGUAUCCAACAUUCCAUUCUUGAUAUCUUAAAGUUCCCACAAAGUAUCAAUGUCAUGAAAUCAUUUUGUGUUGUUAAAGGUAUUGUUUAACUUUGUGAGCAGCCGAUUUAAAAGAUUCUCAAACCAAGAUGAAACAUGUGUACAAGUGCAUGUAUUAGAACUAAUAAACCCUGAAAACAACCAUUAUUGAGAAUGAAAAGCUAAAACUACAAGGCAAACCCCGAUUUUGUAAAUAGGCAUCUUGUAGACGCCUAAAUAGUACACAUAAGUGUAUGGGAUGAAAUUAAGAUGGUGUUUUUGGUCACUUUAUAUUUCAAUUUUUGAAGCACUAAAUAAUUAUUUUCGAACGCAAUUUUUUCUGGGCUUCAUUUUUGUAACAUAUCACAGACACAGGUGACAAAUGUGACCUUCUAGCUCAGAUUUUUUUAAGUCAAACCAAUGUUAACCAAUCACUUUAACAUAAGGAAGUUCUUGAUAUCAAUAAAUACAUGUAGGAUUAAAUGAGAAAAUGGCUUGCCAUUUGUAUGAUGGCAUAGGCUGACUAAAACAUCUGGGUGGGUGUUUCAUAAAGCCGUUCGUAAGCUAGAGCAACUUUCAGAACGACUGGUGAACCUAUCUUACGUGCUUAAUAAACACCAAUGAACAUUUAAUGGUAAAUAUCUUUAUCACAAGAAAAGAUCACAAGUCGUUCUUCAUGUCACUCUUAACAGAUUUAGGAAACAGCCCCCAGAUGUGACACAAACCAAUGAACACUGAAUCUUUUUUUUUUAAUUUUUUUUUGUAAAACGACACUUUGCAAAGAAUUUUUAAGACAGUAAUAUAAGAAUUGAAAAAUGGAAAACCCAGUUUUACUUCUAGUCAAUGAUUGCAUAAAAAAUCCACUAAAUCAACAAAACAUGAUUGAGAAACCAGCUAUUUUUUGUUAUUUUUUUGUAAAUAUCUGUUUGAAAGCUUUAUGACAUGCCUACCUGGGGGAAUCAUCUCAUAUGGUUUGAUGAUUAAAAAGGAUUGAUUUCUUUCUAUGUACUUCAUAAUAGGGUUUUGAUGUGUAUUUUUAGAACCGAUUGCAUUUAAAUGUGUAUUUGUGUUUGGAACUCUUGUACUUUCAAUUUAUGUUCACGUGUUUUCCAGGCAAAAAAAAGUAUUUUCAUUUUUUAGGACUAUUUUUUACACCCUGUGGCUUAAGUUUGCAAGAUUGGAUAAGAUCUAACAUUCAUUGCAGUGAAUUAACAUUAUCCAGGGGUCUUUUCAGCAAAUCUGGAGCAAAUUGCCUCAAUCUCCCCAUGUAAUUUUUUACCUGGCGUUUUCUACUGCAUAUAGUAUAAAGUUUCUUGGAGUAGUGUGUGCGCAGCGCUUUGUCAACGAAAGGAAAAGGCGUAUAUCAAAUGACCUUUGGAUUGGAUCGUCUACUCUGUGUCACAUUAUUUUAAAACAUUACUUUCAAUUCAAAUACUGGAUUUAUUUAAAGCAUAACACAAAAGGGGUUCGUGUGAGAAAUUCUUGUUCAUCUGUUUAAUCAUAGUUUCAAUAAUGAAGAUGUGAGAAAAUAAACAUUGAAAACACACAAA